ACCAUUAAUGAUUCACUGCACGUCGAUUGAAGAAUUUUGUCCAAGUGUUAUUUUGUAAGUCUUGUGAGAAAAACAGUCAGAUGGCUGUGAGUUUGGACCAAGACCCAGACGCCUUGCUGGAUAUCGUCCUGAGAAUGGAUACCAAUGCAAACCACAGCAACAACGACGACCUCCUUGCCUCAUCCUUCCAAGACACACAGACGCUCCACGGAGACCAGAUGCCAGUCUUCACAGACUUGAGCAACAGUGUCUUCGAUGAUAUAGAUACUGGGCCUCAACUGACCGAUUUGAACGGUCUGGUGGACAUUGACAACCUCCCUCAUGUCCCCUUCACUCCGGACACAGCGAGCCUUCCGCAUAACCACCAGGGUAGCGAUGCUACCGAUCUGGGAUGGGGACAGUCAAGCUUCUCGGCAGCCCAACACGUCAUUCACCCCCACUCUCAAGCUACCACGAUACAGGCGGGAACGCCCGCGACAUCCUUAGCUGAACUCGUCCAACUUCCGCUUAACUUUCCAAAACUCUGUGUGAAUGGCAGCACACACCAAGGUACUCUACCGAACAUCCAGUUUAUCACCAUGCAGCACGCUAAUUCGGACCGUCAUCCACAGCCGAAGAACGGCCCUAGCGGCACGGCCAACCCGCCGCACAAGCCCAAAACGCGCCGGCGAGUCACCACGGCCUCGCAGCGCAAGGCGGCCAACGUGCGCGAGCGACGACGCAUGUUCAACCUCAACGAGGCUUUCGACAUCCUGCGCAAGAGCGUACCGACUUUCGCCUACGAAAAGCGACUGUCCCGGAUCGAGACUCUCCGCCUGGCGAUGUUGUACAUCACCUUCAUGGGGGACCUUUUGAACGGGAAACAAUCCGGUGACGGAAACCUCCAGAAACUACUGGACUCCGGGAACUUUGCCGGAUUAACCAACUCCAACCCGGGCCCUGGACAGGCAGCGUGCCCUGGACGGACAGGUACCGUGUUGAACAGUGCGGCGUCACGGAUGAACACUAGAACAGUGCUGCCUUCAGGAGGGAUAAAUGGUUCUUAAUCUAUGUACAAAAAUUAAGAUCGUCACUUUGUUUCAAUUCUGAUAUGAUCUUAACUGUGCUUUAAUUACCUCGUAAAUUUAAGCAACUUUUCCUUGUUUCAUGUGACGAGAAAGCUUAAGGGAGUGAGCACAGACGUUUUUAUUUCAAAGGAAGACACUUGUGAUUGUGUAAAGUUUAAACGAACCUUUAGUUCAAUCAAGUAACAAUUUGCUCAAUUUAUUCUUUGUUUAAAGUAAGAAUAAUAAAGAUUAUGAACUCUUGCUGUUAAGAUAGCCGUGGUGCUUUCAACAUGCAUUUGACAUGUCCGAAUUCAGCAAAUCAACUGAAGUGUUACAGCUAACUAUCCUCCUUAAAAAGACCUCAGAUUUACAAAAAAUUCGCCCAAUUCAAUUUUCUAAAUCAAGCACUGUUUUCCCCCAAAUUGCUAGUGCGAUCUGCAGUUAACUUAGUUAUGAACUCUGGGUUUACUACAGCCUCGAUAAACAGUUAUACAAAGC